AUGUCAGAUGAACUCGAUUACCUGCAGGACGGCUUUGAGCCAACUGCCCUUACAAUGGCUCGAAUCCGCUCUAUUCUAGUCACACAUAAUAUCGAUUAUCCAUCCAGUGCGAAGAAAGCGCAACUCGUCGAAAUCUUCAACCAGGAUUUAAGACCACAGGCACGAAAGAUAUUGAACGAAAGAGCGCGUGCGAAGAGGACGAGUCGAGGAAUCGUCGAUGCGGAAUCGUCACAAGAGAGCAGUACUCAGGAAAGUACAGUAGAAAGCCCACGGGAAAGUGAUGUUAUCCUGCCACCACCGCGGACACGAGUUGUGAGACAAUCUCCUGCAAAAGUUAGAGCAUCGGUGGAUAUUAGCGAUGAUGAACCAGCCUACAGGAAUACCAGGAGAUCAACUAGGUCUAUCAGCCCAGUAAAGAGAAUGCCUAGAGCUAGUAGUCCUGUGAAAAAGACACCAAAACCAAGCGUCAAACAUCCCAGGCAGGAGGAGGAGACUCUUUCAGACGAUGACGAUGUCCCGCAGACUGUGAGAAAAUCGAGAAAAAGCACAACAGUUCAAACGCCGAUGGUCGGGGCAAGUGACAGUUUAGAUGGAGUGGUACAAAAGAAAGACUCGCGGAGAGAAAGCAAUUUCACCCACGACAAUCCCUUUCAAAGGGGCUCGCCACCUAGAAUUCCCAUAUCAAGUCAUGACAGUAAGAGAAAGAGCAUGGGCGGGAGUGCUAUGAAGGAAAUGGAAAAACGAAGGAGUUCGAUUUCGAGAAGACGCACGGUGACCCCACAGGCGGCUAAUGUUGGAAUACGCCCACCGACUUCUUCCACUUUCGAAAUUCCUGUUAGUAGCCUCGAUGGCCUGAAGGAUUAUGAUGAGAAUGGAGUUGAGAUUAGUGAGGAUUUUACUCCAGAGGCACAAUUCGAACUCGAGCGUGAGCAACAGAGAGGGCGCACUACAGUUCAACCCCGACGAAAAGCAUCAAACGGCGUCAGCAUGAGUGGACCUAUUUGGAUGAUUCUUCUUACAUUGCUUGGUGGCUAUGCUACUUGGUACAGGCAAGAGAAAAUCGCCGUAGGCUUCUGUGGAGUAGGUAGAGAAGCGCAUUCGAUAAUACCCGUCAGACCAGACCUUCCGGAUUGGGUACAAGUGCUCGCCGAACCGCAGUGCGAUUGGUGUCCACAGCAUGCUUAUUGUAAUGCCAACUAUGAAGUUCAGUGCGACCAAGAUUUUAUCCUCAAGCAUCAUCCUCUCUCAUUGGGUGGAUUCUUACCGCUUCCACCAACUUGUGAGCCUGAUGGAGAAAAGCAAAGGCGUGUCAAAGCUGUCGCGGACCGCGCUGUUGAGGAAUUGAGAGAGAGAAGAGCAAAAUGGGAAUGCGGUGAUUUGACAGAUGAAUCUGGUGCACCCGAACCGACUGUUGAGAUAGAUGCCGAACAUUUAAAGAAAGAAGUUAGCCAAAAGAGGAGAAAGGGCAUGGGAGAAGCUGAGUUUGAAGAAUUAUGGCUUGGUGCCAUCGGAGAGAUCAAAGGGAGAGAUGAGAUAGUCGUUGGUGCUGAAGGAUCAAACACCCUCGCAAGUACCUCACUCGCCCGUCUCCCCCUCGUCUGCGCCGUCAAGCGAUCCUUCAGACACACAUUGGCAAGAUAUUAUCUCGAAAUUGGAUCUCUAGUUCUAGCCUUUAUCCUCUUCCUCUACGCCCGUUCAUCGAUUCUCAGUCAUACAGCUACGAAAGCCGCAAUUCCUGCUUUGGUCUCACUUACUCUUCAACGUCUCGCUACUCAAGCAUCCCUUCACGCAUCCGAUCCAGAUGGAUUCAAGGACGGUUGGAUCAGUAUAGGGCAAUUAAGAGAUGAUGUUCUCCGCGACGAACAUAGUUUGAAGAAACGAGAACAAAUCUGGACAAAAGUUAAGAAAGUAGUGGAGAUGAAUUCAAAUAUUAGAUCUAUGCAAAGGGAGAGUCAAAAUGGUGAGAUCUCAAGAGUCUGGGAGUGGAUCGGCGCGUUGGAGGAUGUGGAUGGUAGUGUUAGGAGGAGGAAAAGUGGGAGAGGGGGUUGGAGUACGCCUGGGAGGGAGAGAGAUGAUAGAGAGGAAUUGGAAAAUACAAUUACGCCGAGGUGGGACGAACCAGGUUCGAAGGGUGUUUAUGCUUGA